UAUAAGAGCGCACUAUGAAUACUGCGGUUAAUCGUUUAGGAACAUAAAUAUUGGUAAGACUGAUAAUCUUUGAAUCCAUACAAUAUGAUGUGAAUUUAAUUGUUGAUUUUCUUAGCAAUUAGAUUAAUCACUGCAACAUAUAUGUGCAAUAAAUCAACAGGUUUAAACUAUAUACCAUAAGUGUAUUCCUUUGAAGGACUUUGUGCCAAUUUUGGAAUAUAAUUUUCUUUUCUUUACUUAAAAAUAAAAAUACUUAAUAAUUUUUAUAAUGAUUAGUGGUCGUGCAUUACAUUUUGUAUUUAAAAUAGCUGAACGCAAACAAACAGCGAAAUUCUAUCGAGAAAUUCUUGGAAUGAAGGUAUUAAGACAUGAAGAAUUUGCUGAUGGAUGUGAGGCUGCUUGUAAUGGUCCAUAUGCAAAUCGAUGGAGUAAAACGAUGAUAGGAUACGGACCUGAAGAUAAUCAUUUUGUAGUUGAACUAACUUAUAAUUAUGGAAUUUCUCAUUACGAAAGCGGAAAUGAUUUUCGUGGAAUAACUAUUCGUUCUAAAGAAGCAAUCGAUAGAGCAAAAAGCAGUGGAUGGCCUGUUCAAGAAGAAAAUGGAAAGUUUAUUUUGCAAGCACCAGGUGGUUACAAGUAUUAUAUUAUUAAUGAACCACAACCCAAAGAUAAAGAUCCAGUAGAGAAAGUAACGUUAUCUAGUUCGAAUCUUCAAAAUACUAUAGCUUAUUGGAGGGAUAUUUUAAAUAUGAAGGUAAUCGAACAAAAAGAUAAUAAAGUUUUAAUGUCUUAUAGCGAAGAUCAAACUAAACUUGAAUUUGUAGAUAUAGGUACUACGGUGGACCAUGCAAAAGCAUAUGGUCGUAUAGCAUUUUCUGUACCAUUGGCUGAACAACCAGAAAUACAGAAAAAGAUUAAGGAGAGUGGACACAAAAUAUUAACCGAUUUGAUAACUUUAGAUACGCCAGGAAAAGCUUCAGUUAGAGUUAUCAUUCUUGCUGAUCCAGAUGAUCAUGAAAUAUGUUUCGUCGAUGAUGAAGGAUUUCGUCAAUUAUCCGUUCCAGAUUAUCCAAGUGAAAAAAUUCUUGAUAGAUAUAUUGCUAAGGAAAAUAAUUAAAUAUUGGAUUAUUUCAAUAUUAUCAGUAUUAUAUCAAAACUGAAUCAGUUAUUAUCUUCUAUCGAAAAAGAUGUUUAUAUGUAUAUAUAUAUUAUUGUGAUGGUGAUGGUACAUCCUGGAUUUUAUAAAUAUAUA